AUGACAUCGCAAACAGCAUACAUCGCUGAGAAGGCCGUCGGCCACGACGGGACCGCGAUCACCGCCCAAGAUGUUUCCAACUACGGCGGUGGCCUUGGUAAGGAAGAGACGAUGAAGGCGUUGUGCUGGAUGGGUAAAUAUUCGGUCAAAGUUCGCGACGUACCGAGGCCCAGGAUUCUCGAGCCAAAUGAUGUAAUCCUCAAAGUUACCGGCAGCACGGUCUGCGGAAGCGAUCUUCACCUAUACCACGGGGUUAUUAUUCAAUUAGUUCCAGGUGAUAUCUUGGGACACGAAUUCUGUGGUGUCGUCGACGAGGUCGGACCUGCUGUCAAGAGAGUUAAGAAGGGUAAGCGGUACGUGGCUUCGUUCCAGAUCACAUGCGGCGAGUGCUUCUUCUGCAAGCAGAAGCUGACGUCUCAAUGUGAGCGUACCAACGCGAAUACCACCGCGCGAGCCAUGUAUGGCGGUCAAACUGCCGGAUUCUUUGGUUACUCGCACUUUACGGGCGGAUUUGCUGGUGGCCAAGCCGAAUAUGUUCGAGUGCCACUUGGCGACGUGAAUCUUCUAGAGUUACCCGACGGAGUACCUGACGAAAAGGCGCUCUAUCUCAGCGACGUACUAGCCACAAGCUACAACGCCGUGCACGAUACUGCCGUGUAUCCUGGCGAUCAAGUAGCUAUAUUCGGUGCCGGUCCCAUCGGUCAGAUGGCUGGAGUUUUUGCCAUCAAAGCCGGAGCCGCCAAGGUCAUCAUUGUCGACACGGAGCCGCGUCUCACUUUUAUCAGAGAGCGCUGGCCAUCAGACCAGGCCGACAAGUUGGUGCUGGUCGAUUACAAGAAGCUGUCUUACGGCGUAACGAACAAGCCGACGGUCGUGUCGAAAUUGAAGGAGCUAUGCGGCGGAAGGGGACCCGACGCUGCUAUCGAGUGUGCCGCGGGCGAAUAUGCUAAAGGAUGGAUGCAUUGGCUAGAGAUGGCGGUAGGUGCGGAAACCGACACCAGCGAGAUCGUCAACGAGAUGAUCGAGGGAGUUCGAAACUUUGGUCGUUGCGGAAUUACCGGCGUAUACGUCGGCUACACCAACCACUUCAACAUCGGAGCUCUUAUGGAGAGGGGUAUUCGACUUAUCGGCAACGGCCAAGCACCGGUUCAUAAAUACUGGGAAGAAUUGCUAAAGAUGAUCCAAGAGGGCGAUUUGGACCCGCUGCAGAUGGUAUCUCACCGGGUUCGCGUUGAGGACUUGGAAAAGGUGUACGCCAAGUUCGACAAUCGCGAGGACGGCAUCCAAAAGGUGUUUGUCGAGACCAAGUUCUCGUUUCCGGCGUGCGAAGGCAGCCCUAAAUUGACGAGAUAUUAA